AUGGGGUGGCCGGUUUGUAAUACAACGCUGGAGGAUUCAACGAUUACCGAAGUCGACUUAUGGGAUGGCGGUCUCACUUUUCAUCAGUUAUGCCUCAUUGUUGGAGGUGCUUUCGCUCUCUUCGCAGCAGCCAUUUCCUUCUACCUAAUUAUGAGCCAUGCGACACAUUAUAGCAAACCAAUAGAGCAGCGACAUAUUAUUCGGAUCUUAUGGAUGAUCCCCAUCUACUCCCUUGUCGCCUGGCUGAGCACCUACUUCUACAAAAAUGCGGUCUACUACGAGCUGAUCGGCAACAGCUAUGAAGCGUUCACGAUUGCCGCCUUCUUCGCCUUACUGUGCCACUACAUUGCGCCGGAUCUCCACAGUCAGAAGGAAUAUUUUCGCGGAAUCACGCCGAAGCAAUGGCUCUGGCCUAUACCCUGGCUUCAGAAAUGCUGCGGCGGGGAGAAAGGGAUGUGGAGGGUACCCCGAAGCGGGCUGACAUGGUUCAACGUUGUCUGGGUAGGAGUCUUUCAAUAUUGUCUUUUGCGUGUGUUGAUGACCAUCGUCGCGGUUAUCUCCCAGCACUUUGAUGUGUAUUGCGAGGAGAGUCUGAACCCCGCGUUUUCGCACAUAUGGGUAUUGGAGUGUGUUGCUGUUUCGAUUGCAAUGUACUGCCUGAUCCAGUUCUAUUACCAGAUCAAGGAUGAUAUCAGCCAGUAUUCACCACUCCUCAAGAUCGUCUCUAUCAAGCUGGUGAUUUUCCUUUCAUUUUGGCAGUCCACCUUGAUCAGUUUUCUUUCCUCCUCCGGAGCUAUCAAGCCAAGUAGUAGAGUAGCGCAACAGGACCUCAAAGUUGGACUCCCGAACCUACUCAUCUGCGUUGAGAUGGCGAUCUUUUCCUUUUUGCAUCUAUGGGCAUUCCCGUGGAGGCCGUACUCUCUCGCCAACGCACACGCCGAUGAAGUGACUGACUUCUAUGGCAACGGCAAAGCGACUUAUCAGGGUGGUCGCUGGGGUAUGAAAGGUCUCCUUGACUCAGUCAAUCCACUCGAUUUAGCCAAGGCCGUGGGCCGCAGCAUUCGCUGGCUCUUUGUGGGGCGUAAGAAGCGAACAUUGGACCCCAGUUAUCAGAUCCAGAAUAUUGGUCUCGCAAUAACCAGCAAUGAUUCCGGGCCAAAUGUCACAGCCUACCAUGGUGCAGGUGCCACGAUGGCGGGCAGUAGACCGGCGCCCUAUGGGACAUCUCCCGAUGAUGAAGGCCAAGUUCUUCUCUCCCAUGCGCAGCCAAAUCCGACAUUGCAGUCGUCUGGUGACUUGGCACCCCCACCAUAUGAUUAUGAGCAUGAUCGACUGAGUAGCACUUCCUUGCUGGAACCUACUCCGUCUCAUUCUCCGCAAUCAUACUCGCCUUAUGAGCAGCACCACAGCAACCCUUACGAGGUACCGGACACCGACGACCUCCAUCUAUACGCAGGCACCAAUCCCCCUCAAUCUCAGCGUGGAGCUCACGGUCAUCAUCCGUACGAUCAGAAUUACCUGCAAGAGCAACCACCGAUACCCAUGCCUGAUCCGUAUCAGCCUCCGCCUGCCCACUUUGACAAUGAUCACAGCCGGCGAUAG